UAGAACUAUAGAAUAUGCUUUGGAAAACUGUCCCUAUAUAUAAAACGAAGUCGUACUCAUACUUGAUCUGCCAAUCACAAAUUAACAGAAAACACAACUAAAUUGCGAUUUGAAUUUAUUAAAUCGUAAAACUGAGAUCUUCUCUGAGAUUUUUCUCCUCCUAAAGUUUGAAACUUUGAACAUAAAAAUUGUAUUUUUUUUUUUGAAGUUUCCAGCAAAAAAAAAAUUGAAACUUUCAGUGAUUGGAAUUUUAAUUUGUGUUUUAGUUUGGUGGGUUUCUUUAUCGGGAUCGUUGUCGUGGAUUUUUGUUUGUAGCAGCUUGAAAGACGAUGUCGUCGUCGCCGGACAUUGCCGGAAUCUUAGAUAAUACGAAGGAGCUUGAUCGGUUAAGAAAAGAACAAGAGGAAGUUCUUGUGGAGAUUAAUAAGAUGCAUAAGAAGCUUCAAGCUACGCCGGAGAUAGUUGAGAAGCCUGGUGAUAUUUCAUUGUCAAAGCUUAAAAAUUUGUACAUUCAAGCAAAAGAGCUUUCAGAAAGUGAAGUAACCGUUUCAAAUAUUCUGCUUACUCAGUUGGAUUCUCUGCUUCCAUCUGGACCAACUGGGCAACAACGCAGAAAAUUAGAAGGCAACGAACAGAAGAGAAAGAGAAUGAAAGUAGAUACAGAUGUAACAAGAGUUUCUCCUUCCAUGAGAAAUCAAAUCGAGGCAUAUGCUAGUCUAAAGGGUGAACAGGUUGCUGCAAGAGUCACAGCUGAAGAUGCCGAGAAGGAUGAAUGGUUUGUGGUGAAAGUUAUUCACUUCGACAGAGAAACAAAAGAAGUUGAAGUACUUGAUGAAGAACCAGGAGAUGAUGAAGAAGGAGGUGGCCAGAGGACGUAUAAACUAUCAAUGUCAUGUAUUUUACCGUUUCCAAAACGGAAUGAUCCUUCAAGCACACAAGAGUUUAUACCAGGGAAACACGUCUUAGCUGUAUAUCCAGGAACCACAGCCCUCUACAAGGCAACUGUUAUAAGUACCCCACGAAAGGUUAGCUGUUUUUCACGCACCAUUUCAGACUCAUUUCAACAAUGUAUAAGAAACCAAUAAGAACUAACCUCAAGCUAUUCAAACCCGCAUGAUGCAUAUCUGGUUCCAGAGGAAAUCUGACGAGUACUUGCUAGAAUUUGAUGAUGAUGAAGAAGACGGAGCAUUACCUCAAAGAACAGUGCCAUUCCACAAAGUGGUAGCUUUACCAGAAGGCCAUCGCCAGUAAUUUUAGAUGGAUACAAUGAAAUAAGAGACGAUUUCUUUGGGCCAGAGUGUAAGUUAAGAGUUGUUGCCUUUGUUUGUGAUGAUGACUUUGAAGAAUAAAAAGGUAUGUUUUAACUUUUUAUUAUUUCAAUUUGUGGCAAAACUACUCUAGCAACAUUUGUAACAUUUAAAUGUGUAUAUAUGAAUGGAACCAUGGGUAUGUAUAUCAUAUUGAGACACAAUUUAAAAAAAAAUUACAUUUUUCUAAGAUUUUGCGGUUUUCAUCCAUAUCACAAAAGCUUGUAUUUGCGGUUAAAUUCUGCAUUUGCGGUUACUGA